AUGGCCACCAACGGCAGCUCCGCGAGGGUUCGGGACACGGAGAGCAGCCUGGAGAAGGUGAAGCGGCAGCUGUCGUCGGGGUCCGGUAGGUACCUGCUGCAAGGGCCUCUGCUCAAGCGAUCUGAGACGUUGCGGAAAUGGAAUGAACGUUGGGUCAUAUUUGACCCUACAUCUGGAAAGAUGGAAUACAAACUCCGGAGAAAUGAAACUGCCAUUAAGGGGACCAUUCUGUUUGACGCCUCAAGCACCAUUACUUUAUCUCCUGUGAACUUUCAAGGGAUGCCAAAAUAUGAUGGCUGCUGCUUCUACAUCGGGACUCCUCAAAAGAAGGAUUACUUUCUUUGCGCUGAAACUCCUGGUGCUGCGAAAGCUUGGGUAUCUACAUUACAUGCAACUCAGUUAGUCUUACGAGCUCAUAAAGAGGCAGUAAAUUCUUUGGCUGGGAAUGGCUCUCCAGCUACAUUAGGCACAGUUGCUACUGCAGUUGCUAAUGCUAAUGCAACAGCCAUGGAGGCUACCAAGGAGAUAGAAGCUGCACUAAAGGUUUCAAUGAGGGCAGCUCUUGGGUUGGGUACAAAUAACUCCAACGAGGGCCAACUUGAUGACCUAACAAUCAUGAAGGAAAUAGCAGACAAAUUAACAGAAACUGCAGAGGCUGCAGAAGCUGCUGCUUCAGCAGCUCAUACAAUGGAUGAACAGAGGCGACUUUUGUGUUUGGAGAUUGAGCGACUAAAACAAGCCUUGGAAAGACAAAUAGAACAAUCAAUGCUUAAGCUUAGACAAUCCGAAGAGAAGGUUAUCAGUCUGAGCAAAGAGAAGGAGCAGUUGAUGAAGGAAAGAGAUGCUGUAUUUCAAGAGGCUCAUAUGUGGCGCAUUGAACUAGGAAAAGCCAGGGAGCAAGCAGUGAUACAGGAAGCAACUAUUGCCCGGGCAGAGGAGAAGGCAAGAGUUUCUGAAGCAGAUGCUGCAGCUCGGAUUAAGGAAGCUGCCGAAAAGUUGCAUACCGUUGACAAAGAAAAGGAGGAGCUUCUAGCCCUGGUUGCUGUUCUCCAAUCACAAGUCCAGAGAGAGCAGAGCAGCACAAAGCAAGUAUGUGAGGAGAGGUCUGAAUCAUGUUCAGGUGCCGACAAUUCGCCUCCCUUAACAAAGCAUGUUGAUGCAUCAGAUGAUGAUGUGGACAAAGCCUGCGUAAGUGACUCUAGAUCAGUGCUGGUUUCGAGCGAUAGCACUGAGGUCCAGCUGGCUGUGGAUGGGGUGGACAUCCGUCCUGUCGGUGAUGCAGAGUGGGGUAGCUUCCAGCAGUCAGAAGCGCUGAUCGCUGAUGUUCGGGAGGUCUCCCCAGAGGCAGAUGGCGGCAGCUUGGAUAUCCCUGUGGUCAACCCCCCACCAUCCAGUGAUCAUAUCCAGGGAGGCGGCGCUACCCAUCCCUGA